GGAGGGGUGAGAAUAAAGGGGCCUGCAGCGGCUAUCAGGCCAUAAACCAGGCUGACGUCUCAGCACAGGGCUUGAAGACUCACCUCCCAUGUCAGCAGUCAUGAGCAGAAGUGACAACUACACUUCAGAUCUGCUAGUGCCUGGAAUCCCCUCCGUGGCCCAGGCCUGGGGACUGUGGGCCCUCUUAGCGGUUGUGUCGCUGCUGCUUCUCAUCUCGCUGGCUGCGCACUUGUUCCGAUGGACUAGUGGCCAGGGCAGAAGCCAUCCAAAGCAGGAACGCUCUGGAGGAUCUGUGGAAGAGGUCCCCCUAUAUGGGAACCUGCCUUAUCUUCAGACUGGUCGGCUGUCUCAAGAACCAGGGCCAGACCAACAGGAUCCAACUCCUAGAGGCCCCGCCAUGGCUGCGGAGGAAGUGAUGUGCUAUACCAGCCUUCAGUUGCGGCCGUCUCAGGGCCACAUCCCCAGCCCUGGAACCCCUAUCAAGUACUCAGAGGUGGUACUGGAUUCUGAGCCAAAGCCCCAGGCCUCAGGCCCAGAGCCGGAGCUCUACGCGUCAGUGUGUGCCCAGACCCGCAGAGCACGGGCUUCCUUCCCAGACCAGGCCUAUGCCAACAGCCAGCCUGCACCCAGCUGACAUGAAGGGCCUAGCAGAAUGAGAUGAGCCUCGCCCAGCCUCCGGUGUGGCAGGGGUUACUGCUACCCUGUCCCCAGCGUAACUGUCUCCCAACCACCCCCCCAAAGACAGGUAAUCGUUGCCCAGUCACAGGAGGUAAUGUUCCCCAACCUCCCCUUCUGAACUGUGAGGGAGACAUCUCAGGGGAAUAAGUAGAUCCCCAGUUUCUUGGGAAUGGAGGAAACAAAGGCAGUGGCUCCCUCUCCAUCUCUCUCUCUCUUUUUUCCUAUCUAUUCCUCUAAGGUCUCAAGCUCCCAGGUUUUUCACUUCCUCCUCCUUGUGGCUUUUAACUAGAUCCUUUCUGCUCUCGCUCCCUUAAAGUACCCCUAACAAUUCAGUGCCCCUUCAGAUAUAGGAAGUGGGCAGUGAUGGAGGAGGUAACAACAGCCCCAGAGCACAAGGUGGGGUGGGGAGGAGGGGGUGCUCCAUGAGAGCCCACAGUCUGGAGGGAUCCUGAAACCUAGCGACCUGAGGAACCCAGGCCUGGCUUAUUUGAGAACUCUGGCUGGCGAAUACCAAUCCAUGCCCUGCUGCCUCUGUUGUGUCCCCAUGUUUUCAAAUAAAACUUCUCAGAAAGUGUUUA